UUUUUGCUUAAUUAUUUUCUGUAUUGAUUCGUUAUUGUGCAGUUAAAAAUUUAAAACAUGAACGCUGUUUGUUUUAUUGUUGCAUUUCUUAUUGCUGUUUCUGUUAAUAAAGUGUACACAACUACUUGGUUGAACACUGAGCAGGAAAGACAAUUUAAACUAAACACUGUUUUUAGUGGCAAAAAUGUGGAUUGGACAAAAAUUGGAGGUAUAAAAUGCUUCGCAUGUAUGGACGAGUUUCCUAAUUGUAAAACACUACGUCAUCUUUGUGGAAAAACAUUAAUUCGGGAAAAAUGCAAAGACACUUGCGGAGAAUGCAGACUUCAAUCUCCUGUUGACUGCAUGUUAACAGACUAUGGAUGCUGUUGGGAUAAUGUGACUGUUUCCACAGGCAAAAAUAACGAGGGUUGCCCAGCUUGCGUCGAUCAGUACAGUGAAUGCCAAUAUUUUAAAGAGAAUUGUAAAAGAAAUGAUAUAAGAGUUAUUUGUCCAAAUACAUGCGGUGUCAAAUGCAACACUUGCCACGACGAUCCGAACCAAGCUUUAGUUUGUCCCUUGUACAAAACUUACGGAUUUUGUAAAAAUUCGAAUGAAGUCAUGAAACAAGUAUGCUCAAAAACUUGUGGUUUUUGUUAAACUUUAAAGACUAUUAAAAAAAAAACAUUUGCACGUUAAAUUUGUUAAUAAGCACGGAGCAAAUUUCACAUUUGUAAAAUGUAAAAAAAUGUAAAAAUCAAAAAGUUACAUUCGAUGAAAAUUGGAUCACAUUAAUAAAGUUCAAAGUUAUUAUUUUGAAAAGUUAUAAAUAAAAUAAAAAAUAUUAUUGGCAAGUUUACGCCUAUUCCGUUAUUGCAAAGAAACAACCGUUCAUAAUAUUUGACAUCACAAUAAACUAUUUUGCAAUUCGUCAGAUGAAAUCUAAAGAACAUGAGUAUACAUUUAUGAUUUGUAAUAUAAAAAUCAUUCGACAAACCGUCAUGUGGAUAUUUUAUCUAAUUAAAAACAAUUAUCAUAUUAUAAAUACAUAGUAUUAUUAUAAUUUAUAUGUACAAGUUUUCUCUAACAUUUUGCUUGUGAUUUUUACAA